GGAGACGCUUUGAUUUUCAGUGGCAAAUGGUUUGUUGUCAAAGGAAGUAGCCUAAAAGUUGUGUAGCUAGCAUAAUGUACGUUUAUCUCAGCCGAUCGGGAAAAGGCCACUAUGGAAGAGAGAUAGKGCGUGUUUGUCUGUGAUAGCACAACAAAACUCUUGCCGAAAAUCCAGAGAAAAGAAAUUGUUUGCGGGAAAAAGUACGUCUUCAUCCGUCUCAGACCAGCAGCAAUGAACGACAAUUUYGACCGAGCUCCGGGAGCUGGGAGAACACGCAGUGUUCUUCCAGCAGUCCCCGGGUUCGCGGUAGGUAGCGCYGGUGACAGUGACACCAAAAGCACGCUGUUCAACCAAAGGGAGCCGCUAAGGCAGCCGCGAACAACUCCGCCUUUUGGCGAGGGCAACACCGCCAGCGGCGCGAGCGGCGUCCUGAUCGGUGCAGGUAACCCCCAGCAAAGCACCACAUCACACUAUGCAUCAGGCUCCAGCCGGAGCAACAACGUGGAUUCCUUGGUCGAGUCAUCAAAUCUUUCAGCCAACGCUCCGGAGUUUGUCCCCUUGGGAAUGAUCUCAUAUGAAGAUCCCGCUUAUUAUGACGAUGGUGAACAGUAUCAAAGCGAGGCAUCAUUGGCGGAUGCGGUCUCAGAGUUUCUCGGUUACCUGAGCUCCUCCCCGGGCUCCUUUGAGUCAGAUAUAGACUACAUAACUGGCACGCUCAACGCCUGGGUCACUACUGAAGAGCUGUUGACUGAGCUGGUGGAACUGGUCUUCACGCAGUCCACUGCUAUUCCCAACUUCUCGUACACCGGAGCCAGGCUUUGUAACUACCUUUCCCUUCACCUCGCCUUCAGCUCACAAAGUGGCAACUUUCGUCAGCUGCUCUUGCAACGAAAAAUACCAGGAAAUGCUGGACAGACAGGACUAUUUCCCUGAUUAUUAUGGCGAAAAUGAAAAUGGAAAUGAAGAAUUCGAGUUCGAUGACGAGAUGGAUCCUGAGAUAGAAGAAGCUUACGAGAAUUUUUGUUUAGAAUCAGAGAGGAAACGACAACAAUGACACGAGUGUGAAUACCCGAGUGCCCCCCCUCCCCCUCCCCGGCACAUUUUACUGGAAUAUUGCAAAAAYGAAGCACUGAAUCUUUCAUUUUACUGCAGACGGGUCUUUUAACUCAGAACUGUUCAGAGUUUUGAAACUUUUAUCAGUCAGCAUUAGUUAGGGAAUUGGACAAUCCAUGGGAAACCAGUUCAAAAUGUCCUCUUUUUUUUCCCCCUUUGGUUUUAAAUUUCCUCCAGAGCUGCUUUGUUGUAAACAAAAGAGGCAAACAGAGUGCUGUGGAUAUUUUCUAGUUAAUGCCUGAAAAACAGUUUUCUUUACUAAAAAUGUGUUCAUUAUUUACUAACUACCAAUAAACGCCACACAACACAAGCCAGAAAUCAUAAUAUUUUUGUAAGGAAAGCACUGUAAAUGCGAGAAAUGGUUGUUUUGCUACAUAUCUACACACAUACAGCGAAAAAAACAGUGUAGCCUUCCUCACACCCGUUGUUACAGUGGCUCAGUGUGACGUUGGCAGCAGUAAGAAAAUAAAUUUAAAGCUUGACACAUCUCAGGCUGGUUAACGUUUUCUUAAAUCGGGUCAGGAUCUGUGGGAAAAGUUGUACAGUUACAAAUGUUUUCCUUUAACAAAAUCCUUCGGGCGUAAAAUUAGUUGUAAAACAUCCAAAUCUCUGCAUUCAGACAGUUCCAAUAGUUAAUUUCCUGAACGUCUCGUCGAACAUAUUUACACUCGUGUUGCAGAUGAGGGCGGCGUGGCUCAGCUGAAGACUGAAUGACUGUUUACCAGCAAUUAACAAAUCUCUUGUAAAGGAAAAUUGUUUUAUAGUUUGUAAAUAUUGUUUAUAGAUUUGUUUGCUUGCAAUAAAUUCUUAAAAAUGUGA